AUUUAUUGUUUUCAAUAUAACAAUUAUAUACACGCAAUCUUUAAUUUUCUGCAUAUAUUUUGUUUUUUAUUGGAAAAAAAUCAGAUUAAUUAAAUCAAUAAUAAAUCAAAACUUGUGUCAAUCUGACAUGUAUGGUGUUUUGUAGACAAAAUUUAACGUCCGUAUUAUAACAUUAUUUUUGACUUUGAUAAUAAGGGUCUCAAAAUCGUUAAUUAUUUUAUUGCCUUCAAAUGUAAUUUUUGACAUAAAAUUGUAGAUUUUUCUAAAACAGUUAGGCUUGGCUAUAGCUUAGCUAUACAUGAAAUAUAUCUAGAAUUUUUCGGGGCAAUCCAAAAAUGCCAUAAUAUACAUAGUGUUCCAUUUAGAAUAUUUAACCCGGCUGAACGAAACACGCUGUAUAUGUGACAAAUGAAAAAUUACAAGAUCUUAAUGAAAGUUAACUUUUUUUAUCGUCCGUAGUUUCUAAGUUAGGGGAACCUUGUGCGAGACUAUGUAUACUGCAUGUUUGCAGCUCACAAACAGUAUAUUACCAAUUUUUAGUUAAAUGUGUUAGAGUUAAAGUUGUAGUAGCAUUUUCUGCUCUCACAUUUGAUUUUACUUAGCGUAAAACAGUAUGUCCCAUCUGUUCAGCUAAAUAAUUAGCUAAAAUCCUAUAAAUUUUCUUAAAUUUCAAUUUUUAUUCUUCAUGAAUUUGGUGUUUUUUGUAGCUCUCGCGGGUAACCUUACUCUGAGACUGUUAACCAGAAUAUUUUUUAAAAGAGUUUUUUGAAACCACUUGUAUCUUCGUUAUAGUUUUUAUUUUCUACGCAAUGUUAAUUAUAUUGAAGCGUUUGCCUUUCGACACGUAGUUUGGUCCCUUAGCUGUGGACGAAUUAUUGGUUGUUGGGUGGACCCAACAACAGUUGGUAUGAAGAUGGUAAUCACUUUUUGGGGUAGACUCCGUCAAAAGCCAAGAAGAUAUGCUUUGAGACACACUUUACUUUAAUUCCUGACAUUAAAAAAUAAUAUUUAAAACGAUUUAAACAAUAGCCUAUAGUGUACAAGGGCGACGAAUUUCAGGGGGCUCCCUCAAGUUAUUUUAGAAUAUUUUCGAAUAUAUUAAGGGAAAGCAAUUUCUUAAAUGUUCUACGAUAAUAUAUACACUGAAAUCGUGAUCUAUAUUUGAUAUAGGUUUUAUAUCAUUUUUCAUUUACCAAAAAAAAAAAAGAAAGUUACCAAAAAAAAUCCAGUAAGUGGUGGCAACGAGAAAAUGACCUAAAUUUUGUUAUAUAUCUUUAAAACGAAAUCAUCAAAUUAGGUGUUUUUUUGGCGUACCUUCGCAAGUGUUGUGAAUUUUUUAUUUUUCUCAACACCAAGUUAUUGAUUUCUAAAUUUUGCAUUAAUAUACCCAUAAUAGAUAUCCUUGUGUUCGACACACUGUACACACUAGAAUCACGACACCUGUCAUCUAAUUCAUGGUCCAUUCCAUUGUAUGUAUUGUCGUCUAAUUAAAAAACUGUUUUUUUUUAUAAACCGAAACUAAAACCUAUCAAUCUCUUAAUACCUAGAGAGAGGCUAUUAAAUUUUUACGAAGUAUUAUAUUUCUUCACCCAUUUACCAUGUUCAAAUUGUAAAUGAAAUUUUUCUUUACUUGUCUAAUGGCAUAUAGCAUUUAAUGUAAUGAAUUAUUAAUUUUUUGGCUUAACCUAGUUUUUUCAAAUAGCACCCUAGUGGGAACAAAAAAUUUUUAUAAAACCUGUACUUUUUUUGCAACAUUUUGACACCAAAAUUUUCAAAAUCCGUUAGAAAAUAAACUCACAGGGAGGACAAUACCAGAUAAGUAAAUAAAAAGAUUUUAAUGAAGGUUAUACUAGAGAAUGAUAGCGGUGUUUUUUUAAAAUUCUCCUCGCAGAUUCUGUUGAUAUGUCUAAUACCACUUCUCUUAGCGACGCAGCUGGAUUUACGUUGGCUUAUCCCACAACAUUGAUUUCCAUUUUUUCACUUAUAAUAAAACUUUCGUGUCGAUUAUUUUGUGGAUUUUUUUAUUUUCAAUUCCAGCUUUCUUCUGCAUUCGCUGUAUAUCAGAAACAUACCAACUUUUUCUCCAUUUGUAAAUUGAUUAUUAAUAAUCAAAAUCGAUAACAUGACAAACUCGAUAAUCGGAUGAAUAGAAGCAAAGCCACCUAAGUAAUAUUUUGUUUUCAUAAAAAUGUAUCUACUUAUCCGGUUUAAGGAAUUUUCAAAAUUUUGGUUUCAAAAUGUUGCAACAAAGUACGGGUUUUGAAAAGUUUUUAUUCCAACUAGUGUGCUAUUUGAAAAAACUAUUUUGUCCUAAAAAAAUAAUAGUUCAUUGCAUUAAGUGCUAUUUACGAUUAGACGAGAAAAGUUUCAUUAACAAUUUUUCACAUACAUGAUCAGGUGACCCGGUCAAUAGUAUUUAUGAUGGUCACAGCCUCCUAGACACAAUUUUUAGAAUUAGAUAAGAAUUUAAAAAAAAACAAAUAAAAAGUGAGAAAACCCGUUCUAUCCUACGUAGAAUGAUCUGAUGAUAGAGUGUACCAUUUAAAAUUCGAAAGUUACUCAAACGGGAAGUUCAAUCAUUGACUACGUACUGUUCCCAUAUUAACUCUUCCAAAUUCCAAAUCGUUAUUUCAAGCUAUUUCAAUGUACCACAAUGAUCCUUCAAAGCGAACAAUUCAGAAUGAAUCCACUAAACCAUCUCUAUUUUACCUGGAACGCUUUGGGGACUGAAACGAAUACCCUAACCUAGCUUUUUUGACCCCUUUGUUGUAUUUUCGUCACCCUGUAUGUGUAGUAUCUGUUACUAAGAUUUUCACGUGUACUGUGUUAUAGAUACCAGUCUAGCGAUCUAAAUGAGUUUAGUUAAAAUGCAUAGCGAAAUAUUUUUCUCCAAUGAGCAACGCACCUUUUGCGGCGUAUCGUUUUUAUAUAGUUCUCCUUCUCCGACGAGCGACAUUAUAAAACCGUAACGGACGGAAAUAAAAAUGUAUAUCUCGUGCUAGUUUAGUACGGGACCCGGUGUAAAAAUCUUAUAGAUUCCUCCCGAUAUAGAAGAUUACAGAACUAGACUUUGCAAUCAAGAUGAUGGGAUUCAGAUCGCUGAAACGUGUUAGGAACGCCAAGUGCGAGAUUAUGCUUGGCUCCAUAAUGUUCCACGUGCGCCGUAGACCUGCCGAUUGUGCGCCGCGGAAAAGGAAAAAAAAACCGGGCGCCUUGGGGAGCACCAGGAACGACGUCAGGGCAGCUGACGCCCCGCUACUGAUCGAACUUGGUCCUGACGGAUCAGCACCCCAUCCUGGCGACGCUAACAAAACCAUCAGACUCGUUAAUGAUGUCAUGGAGGUUGGUUCUGCGAACGGAAUAGCCCUGCAACUGUACGGUCCUCACAUUCAACCCAGACACUGCGUCAUCGCAAACACCGAUGGCGUUACAUCACUGAUGCCCUGUCACGCAGACGCGCACACUUACGUCAACGGUCAGCGCAUCCACCAGACCACUAUCCUCGCCCACGGCAGCUUGAUUAAAUUCGGAAACAGCAACACCUACAGGUUUCUGGAUCCGGCCCAGGAGGACCGAACAAGACAUCCCCCGACGAACGUCGAUGGAAGAAUAUACGAGAGCCGGUCGCCGCGAGCCCUCAGCCCUAACGACGCCUCUAGGGAGAAUAUCGAAACCACCUUUGACAUUGACGGAAACGUAGAGACCGUCUCUAUGACCAGCGGCGCGAGAGAAGACAAUAGAUCCUUGGGAUCCGAUACUAGAUCGGAAAAUAGGCUCAGCGGAAUGGAUAGAUAUCCCAGAGGUCAGGAUCCGAUUUUGCCCGCGGUACUGGAAUUUCCGGAAGAGCCUCAAGAGCAAUUUUUGGCUCGAGUGAUUACCCAUUUAGACGUAACGGCGCCUACUUUCCGACUAGCUCCCGCCUAUACGCUGUAUCUGUGCGCAAGAUAUAGGGCAUCUACUCAUUAUAGACCCGAAUUAACACCGACCGAAAGGGCCCACAAGUUGACUUUGCUUUUGCAACACGCUGCCAUGUUGAUUCGACACACCGUUCAAGAUCGAAGUACCGAGAGCACAUCGCAGGCGUUUUGGCUGGCGAACGCCAGCGAACUUUUGCAUUUUCUAAAGUCCGACAGGCACGUCAGCGCCUUCUCCCUUCAAGCUCAGGAUACGCUAGCCGACGCCGUACAGUCGGCCUUCAAAAACUUAGUCGCUUGCCUAACCGACGAACUGAACUCCGGCAUGAAUUAUCUAAUGUCCGUGACGGGAGACGAUCAUCCGAGAGAGGUCAUCAACAUCUUGAGCGGAGCCAUGAACUUGUUGAGGAAGUGCAGAGUCAAUGCGGCCUUGACGAUUCAGCUAUUCUCCCAAUUGUUCCAUUGGAUAUCGGCAAAAGCGCUGUCCAACGUUAUCAGCAACAGCAACCUCUGCACGAAAAAUUUCGGCCACAAGCUCUCUAACAGAUUGCACAAUUUACAGGCGUGGGCAGAGUCCCAAGGGUUGGAGCUCGCCGCCGAAUGUCACUUGGCUAAAAUCGUUCAAUGCGCGCAUUUGCUUCAAGCCUCCAAGUACACGCCCGAAGAUUUAGCCAACCUAUCGGCGGUGUGCUUUAAAUUGAAUUCGAUGCAGCUCGGAGCUCUUCUGAUGCAAUAUAAAUCUGAACCUGGGGAGAAGAUCGCGUCUGCUUCCAUGCUCGAACAAGCGGCGAAGGCUGCGGAAAGUGUCGCGGACGAAUUGGCUCGAGCCGAGGGCAGAGAAGUCACUCUAUACGAAGAUCCCGCGCCGUCACUUCAACUCCUCCUUCCCGAUGACGGAUUCAGCUGCGAUGUCGUUCAAGGCGUCCCCCCAGGGUUAGCGGACUUUUUACAUCCGCUACAGGCAGCCGGAUUGUGCAGGCUCGCGUCACAACCGACCAGUUCCGGACACUGGACGGUUUACAUGAACGCCCCCCGACCACCGUCUGCUUUAAGCACGACUCAACCGGAAGUUCAAGUUAUUAGACUUCAUAAAGCGGGAGGCGGGAUGGGUCUGUCAAUUGUUGCGGCGAAAGGGGCGGGCCAGGAACGGCUCGGGAUAUACAUAAAGUCUGUCGUACCUGGCGGGGCUGCGGAUCGGGACGGUCGGCUGGCGGCGGGUGAUCAACUUUUGUCCGUCGACGGUCAAUCGCUGCUCGGUAUUACUCAGGAAAAAGCGGCCGAGUUCCUGGUCAGAACCGGGACCGUGGUCACUUUAGAAGUCGCGAAGGGCGGAGCCGUAUAUCACGGAUUGGCGACUUUACUGCAACAGCCCAGUCCCACGCCUCACAGGGCUUUGGAUUAUAACUAUUACGACUACUAUUACCACGACAGUUACGUAGGCUCGCAGGAGUCGUUACACUCGCAACACAAUCGUCGCAUUUUUACGCCGCCCGCGUCAAAGCCCAAGCGAAACAUAUUUUUUAGCUCCGACGAUAGUCUGUUCAAAACGGAGAAGCGCAAAUUCGUGAUACCUCGCAUCGAAAUCCAAACCGACGAACCGAAAUUUAGUUUACAAGUGACCGAUUUUUCGGAACCGGCACCCAAAAAUGUUACCUUAUCUUACGACGAAACGGGUCAGAGCAUGCGUACCGAGAAAGUCGAAGCGUUUCAUCCCAACAGAGCCAAAAGCAGGGCCUACGAAUUCGCUCAGCAGAAAAGCUUUUCGAUAGACACCAAUCGAAGCUGUUGCGAUAUUGACAAAAUAGGCGUGGCUGACAAAUUCCUGAGCAUCGGCACUAAGAAAUUUGGCCAGCAGAGGGCGACGUCUAGUAGCAUGAUAGAUCUGUCCAGUUCCAACUCGAGCAUAAACAGUGGAAUAUACGAGUCCAAUUUGGACUUGAGCCAGAUCGAUCCGGACACUCCCAUAAAACAUUGGAAGAGUCCUUUCGAAAUUAGACACGCCAAGGACUUGGCCAAGGAGAAUAAAGCGACGAGCGUGCCCAUGCUGAAUAAACGGCACUAUUUUAGCAAUAGGAGCAAAAGCGUGAGCGAAGAACGCCUGGGUGAUAAGUUGACCGAGUACGAGAGGCUCGAAAUUCUUAAAUUGCUUCACGAUUGGAGCUUGAACGGCUCGGAAUCAAAAAGCGAUUUUAACAUAAGCCUGGCAAGAUCCAAGUCCAGCGAAAAUGUCAAUGAGUGCGGCACUACACUGAAGGACAAUAAGUUUCUGUCCGAGCCGAAUCUUCAAACUCUGUCGAACGUAAACAGUACAUUGGAGAAGCCCGCUAGGUUUAAUUCUGAUUCGUCAAUUUUUACUCACCAAUGUCAAUUUAAGAACUGUAUUUUUAAUGACGGGACCAAAUCCGAAGACUUGCCCGCUAUUUCUACGCCUAGCGAAAAGCCUAAUCUGAAAAGUAUCCUCAAGAACAGUCGAGAAAAACUGGACGACGUUAAAUGCCUGAGCAACAUAACGAACAUUCCCAAGUCGCCUAAACUCGCCCCCAAAGACAGGAGAUUCAGCGAGGUGAUCGAAACCAAAAAGCCCUUCAACAGCGACCUGGUCCGGUGCGACAGUUUGGAACGCUUGACGCAGCAAGCGGACAGGCACAAAAAAUUUCCCGAGUCGUACAUCGUCGUUAGGAAAACCGGCUCCCGCAACCAAAAAUACAAAAACAACGAAAACUCCUCGAGACCAAAGUCGCCCAAAGUGAUUUUGAUGCGCAAAAAAUGCAUGCCUAAAACGUGGAAAAGCUGUUCGGAUAUCAAAUGCAAGAAAACGGUGAAGAAAUGCUGUCGGUUGGCGAAGAAAAGUUGUCCGGUGUCGAAAAGCUUCGCGGAAUGCUCGCCAGAGGCCGCGAGGAAGGCUCAAAGUUGCGCAUCGAUCGAGUGUUCCGACACUGCCGCUAGGUUAGCUGCCGGUUUUUCCCCUUGUCCUGGCGCUUCCGAUCGUCCUAGAAGGAUGUCCGAACGGGAUCUGCCGUCAAGAGUCGAUUCAGAACGUACAAUUCCUUCCUCAAAAUCAGUCCCGGCUUUACAUCAAAUUCACAAUCCCACCGAACAAUCGAGAACCAAUCAAAGCGCCGCAUUUAACGACGGAUACAGCAGAACAUCAUCAAACAACAGUAUCAACGCAAAUAACGUCCCUAACAGUCAAAACGGACCGGUUGCCAAUCCCACAACCCUUAGAAGUAGAUCGACUCACAAUCUGUCACAACAAGACGGUGGAUUUUACCAAAAUCUUAGUAUCUACAGAAACAAAGAACCGGCGCCCCAACACUUAGGUGAUAGAGCUUCCAUUUUAAGAAGUUCCCAAAACUCCCUUCAGUCGUCUCAAGCAAAUAAUCAGCGACCCUCGUCGGCUUAUUACCCUCCUUCAGCCGCGCCCUCUAUCGGCAGGCCCAACCUUCACCAGUCAAUUCCCAACCUUAAAAGUCCACCUUCGACUCAAAGACUUCACUUUGACCCCAUGUCAAAUGCACAGCAGUAUCCUCCAAAUUACAACCCAAAUUACACUAACCAGCAGCACCAAUAUUUGAGACAGACCCAAAACUAUCCGAGCCCUGAAGAUGUGAACAGGUCACAUUACAAUUCCUCAUACGGUCAGGCCAAUUCUUACCCCAGCCCAACUCACAGUAACACACCAAAUUAUCCCAGCAAUGCGCAACACCCUCUACAUAUUAAUCCGGUAAAUGGCCAGAGAAUGGAAGAUAGGAGUUACAAUAACACUCCCGGUGGAGGACUAUUGAGGGAAGACGUUUUUAGACAGUCGCAAGCAUCAAAGCAUGAUGAAAUGAUGCGAUAUCCAAGUACAAAUAAUGUUAGGGUAUCUGAAGCCCAAAUCCAGCAAAGUAGGCCCCAAGAACAUGUGGAAAUGAGAAACUCUAGAAGUGAUGAUACCAUUAAGCACCACCAUCAAGGGGAAAUUAUGAGAUUUGCUAGUAGCGGCAACAUAAGAGCUCACGACGCGGGUAGGGUUGAUUUGCAACCGCUCAGGCAAAAUCCAGAACACGCGCACGCACAUCAACAACAUCGAUUAAGCAAUGAAGAAAGGAUUCUGAGAGGUCAAGCAAAAUUAGCUGAAAUGGGUGACGAAGUCAGGAGACGGCAACAAAGUAGAAUUCUAGGACCUCAGCACUUGCCACAAAAUAAUUAUUAUCAACAACAGCAGCAACAGUAUUAUAACAACAUGCAUUUGGCGCAAAGCAUGCAAAAUUUGUCUUUGAAUUCGAGUCAUCAUCCCCAGCAACAUGGUUUUCCAGUCAAUCAACCUUACUAUCCAUCACAGACAAUUUCCACAACUUCUCCAACAUACAAAAGUCAUCCAGUAACACCUAAAUUAUCAAGGAAACCUGAAGAUCCGCCCGAACUGCCCCCUACAAGUACUCAUCCUCUCUAUUCAGCCAGUUCUCAGGAUCCUCCCAAGAUGGCGUUUUAUCCAACUCAAACAGUAUCGAGCAACAAAACUCCCAGAGACCCCUGGGCUCGUGAAGAACAGGAAAAACUUCAGGAGGCUAGAAGGGAAGCCGCAAGACAAUGGCAAGAACAGCAAAUUAAGGAACUUAUGUCCUUGCCAUACAGGACACCUCAGCAGGAGGAACAACUCAGAGUAUUGCAGUUGGAAAGAGAAUUCCAGAGGCGAGCUAUGGAAGCGAACGAGCAAGAUGAUGAAGAUACUGAAAAGGAGAGUCCCAUACCUCAGCAUAUGCCUCAACCAGUAUCUAGUCAGACAGUGAUAAGCACCGUGCCUUCCGCGACUGUUAGCAGCAAGCAAGAACCCUCUCAGCUACCUCCCACCUCAAUAUUGAAGCCUGGAGUGACUAAUACUAUGUCGAACAACAUAUCAGCUAUCAAUACUAGCAACUUUCACAACUCUCAACUCAAUCAGCCACUUAAUCAUCGACAACCAUCACCGACGGAGCCGCUGGCGCCCCCACCUCCCGAGAGAGGUUCAAGUUUUGCCGUGAUGUCUAUGAGAGCCAAGGAAGGCACUAAGAGAGUUUCGUUCGACACUUCCAACUCCGCGACAACUCCCCAACCACCCCCCAACAAUCUGCCACUGGAGCAAAACUUAAGGGAAGACCCAAAUAGUUUCAUUCGGCAAGCCGAAUCCAUGUUGGCGUCCCCAACCACUCCGACCGACGCUUCGCCGGGUACCUUGACUUCCACUCCGGGCGUGAUCGGAGCCCAAGAGGUCUACCGGGAUCCGAGAGCAAGACGUCUGGCCGAGCAACAGCAAAAGAAUCAAAAUCAGACCACGCCGGUACCAGAAAAGCUCUCGUUCAAGGAGAAAAUGAAAAUGUUCGCCAUGGAAACCGGCGAACAAGGCACGCCCAAAGACAAGAGCAAGAUAAGCCGCGCGCAACGCGAUAUCGACAAUAUAGGGUCUCCUAGUUCAGGUUUAGUGCACUGAACGAUGAUCGGACAUCGCAAUUAAUGCUUAAGAAAGUCUAACAUUGUGUAAAUAUGCAGAAUAUUGAAAACAAACCGUCAAAUGUAGCAAUUUAGACGAAUUAUAUCGACGCACGACAAGAUUUGGUUAAAAGUUUCGGUUUUGCUUAGCUCUGUAACAUUUCAAAUUUUUUUUAGAAUAGGACAGUCGAAAAUGAUUUUUCCAGCUUCGUUUAUUGACUGAUCGUUAUUCCGUAGGUGAGAGGUAUUAGAUUGAGACGUGUCCCGAAACACGUCAAUAUACUUUUGUGGAAGCAUUUUAUAUUGCUGAAUUGACCAAUGAACACUAAGGGAUCAUACUAUGCUUUAAUAUUACAGAAAUUUUGAUACAUGUAUGUUUGGUGUGGGGGGUUUUUCCGAAAACGUCACUUAUAUUGUUAGUUCCCGCUUUUAUGCCAACAUUUUUUGGCAAAAAAAAUGAUAUCUAAGUACCUACUACGAAUUCUGUGAUAUUAAAUUUUGUAUUUAUGUUGAUUUAAUAACUUCAAAUUUUCAAAAUUUCAUUCCAAUUCGUAAGGUAUACUUUAUUCCGCAAAUUUUCAAAGAUUAUUUUAGACCCAACUCAAUGACAUUCGUUUAUCUCGGAUCUUUUGUGACGUUAAGGUUAAACUUUUUGCAGACUUGCCAUGCCAAUUUGACAGGUUAACUGUAUCUUCCUUUGACCUAAUAAACUGUUUUUAUAGAAAUUCAAUUCAAUUAAGCCUUCGAAGUCUGUAAAUUUUAAGUAAUCUGCUAAUUCAAAUCGGUUGAUAGUUUUCUCAUCACAAAUAUAUUUCUUAUCGAGAUUCUACUCUAUUAUAUUAUUACUACUACACAAGUAAAAUUAUUAAAAAAUAUAAACCAUAUCACUACAUGUACCGUCCACAGUUCGAAGACCAUAAUUGCAUUAUUAUCUGUUUUAAAUCAUAGUGUAAAAAUGUAACUUGACAUUGUUGUUAAUAUUUUACUCCAAAGUUUUGUUUCAUUUCAUCAUUGUAAUGUACAAAGUCGGAAGUAUAGGGUAUAGAUGGAUGGUGGGACUCUUUCAUCCUACAAAGUAGAAAUUUUUGGAUUAAUUGAUAUUAGAUGAGGCUUUCCAUCUGCACACAGCAAAUUUAUUUCUAUCUAGUGGCUUAGUAGAGUGAUAUAUAGAGUUAUUUAUUAUUUUGUUACACUAAAUAUUGAAAUUCUAUAUUACGGAAUCCUCUGUUUGUUGAAUAUUAAUCAUUUUGGAAAUCUAUACGGAGAGGAGGAGAAUAUAUAAUGUUUCAACUUUAAGAAUACGUUUAUCGAGCUAAGUGAUUGCGGGUGGAUCAAGUUUACUGAAAAUACUGGUAAACUGAUUUUCUCAUGGAAUAGAGCAAUACAUUUAGCAUAUUGUAAUGACCAAUUUAAUAUUUAUAGAUAUUGUUUAAAAAAUCUAUGAAGCUAUAUAUAUACAAAUUAAAGUUGUAACUUAAAGAUAUAUGAAGCAUUCCUUUUUUAUUAGCUACACAUUGUAGAUACUGCUACUAUUUUUUCGAUAUUUUGACAGAUAAUCUCUUUAUUUUUCUUUGACAUAAGCAAUAUUAUGUAAUAUCGUAUUUAUAUUAAUUACACUGUAUAUAUAACUAUUAAUUAUGUACAUUGUAUCGAUAGUAGUUGGCGAGGAGGUUAGGAUGGCGAAAUUUAUGAUCUGUUAUAUAUUCUUUUAUUUUGGAAAUAAAGCUCUAUAGUCAC